ACUUACUUAUUACUUCUAGCAAUGUAAAUUAAAAAAGCUAUAAAUAUAUAUGGAAGUUGUCAUUUGAACAUUUUUUAUUUAUUAUAAUGAAUGCUUUACAAUGCAUAUUUAAUUCCCUAUCAUUCUGAUUGUUAUUGUUCCAUUUGUUCAGGAUGUUUACUGUAUAUUCCAUUAAAUUAAAAAAAGAAAGAACAUGUAAAAAAGAAAUAAAAUAUAGAGGAUUUUGUUAAAUUGGGGCGGAUGAUUUCGCAAUGGCGACCCCUGCAGGUUACAAAGGGAAAGCCAAAAAUAAGCUCAAGAUCUCUCUGUUAAGUUCUACUCCGCGACAGCAGGGGGCAGUAACGCACUGCUGGACUUUCUUCUUUGCGAACAGGAAAACAUGAGGACCGGAAGCUUUCUUCGUUUGGAUUUUGAGCGUUUCAGUUAAAUUUUUCGAAAUUGACUCACUUCUUUGUGCUCCCUUGCAACUUUUUGGUAUAAUUAAUUAUAUCUCUAUUAUGUAUUAGACAUAUUCCAUAAUAUACGUUUAAAAAUGGGUAAAAAGGACAGAGGAGAGCGGGAAAAGAAGUCCAAAAAACGUUACUAUGAAGAGGAAGAGGAGGAGGAAGAGGUGGUUGGAAACGAGUCCCAGGAAGCUGUACCUGCUGCUGCCGGGAAACAGGUGGAUGAGUCCGGUACCAAGCUGGAUGAGUAUGGAGCCAAAGACUACCGCGUGCAGAUGCUGCUGAAGAAUGACCACUCUUCACGGCCGCUCUGGGUGGCUCCAGAUGGACAUAUCUUUUUGGAAGCCUUCUCACCUGUUUAUAAAUACGCCCAGGAUUUCUUGGUGGCUAUUGCAGAGCCUGUGUGCAGACCUAACCACAUCCAUGAGUACAAGCUUACUGCAUAUUCUCUAUAUGCAGCAGUCAGUGUGGGACUGCAAACCUCUGAUAUUGUGGAGUAUCUCCAGAAGCUCAGCAAAACAUCCGUACCAGAUGGAAUUGUACAGUUUAUUAAGCUUUGUACUGUGAGCUAUGGCAAAGUCAAGCUGGUGCUCAAGCACAAUCGGUAUUUUGUGGAAAGUGCCUUCCCUGAUACGAUCCAGCGCCUCUUGCAGGACAGUGUUAUUCGUGAAUGUCGUCUCCGUACUGCAGGCGGAGCAGACUCUGACCUCAUUACUGAGGUCAUCCACAGCAAGUCAGCGAUAACAAAGUCUGUUGAGGACAAAGGAAGUGCUUCCACCUCACAGCAGCCUGGCGAUGGGCAAACGUCAACUCAGCAGGUUCCUGAGGACAUCUUCAAAUACUAUGAACAAAUGGAUAAAGAUGAAGAGGAGGAGGAAGAGACUCAGACAGUGUCCUUUGAAAUUCGCCAAGAAAUGAUUGAAGAGUUGCAAAAGCGUUGCAUUCAGCUGGAGUACCCUCUUCUGGCUGAGUACGACUUUCGCAAUGACACGGUCAAUCCAGACAUCGCCAUCGAUUUGAAGCCCACUGCUGUCUUGCGGCCCUACCAGGAGAAGAGUCUGCGCAAGAUGUUUGGGAAUGGACGCGCACGAUCUGGAGUCAUUGUGCUUCCCUGCGGUGCGGGGAAAUCUCUGGUGGGCGUCACGGCAGCGUGCACAGUGCGAAAGCGCUGCCUGGUGUUAGGAAACUCCUCAGUGUCUGUGGAGCAGUGGAAGGCUCAGUUCAAGAUGUGGUCCACCAUCGACGAGUCUCUGAUCUGCCGCUUCACUUCCGACGCCAAGGACAAGCCUAUCGGCUGCUCAGUGGCUAUCAGCACCUACUCCAUGCUGGGUCACACCACCAAGAGAUCCUGGGAGGCUGAAAGGGUGAUGGAGUGGAUGCGCAGCCAGGAGUGGGGGCUCAUUAUUCUGGAUGAGGUGCACACGAUCCCUGCAAGAAUGUUCCGUCGGGUUCUCACCAUCGUCCAGGCUCAUUGCAAACUGGGCCUCACUGCCACGCUGGUCAGAGAAGACGACAAGAUUGUGGACCUGAACUUCUUAAUUGGCCCGAAGCUCUAUGAGGCAAACUGGAUGGAACUGCAGAACAACGGAUACAUAGCCAAAGUCCAGUGUGCAGAGGUAUGGUGCCCGAUGUCCCCGGAGUUUUACCGAGAAUAUGUGGCCAUCAAGACGAAGAAGCGGAUCCUGCUUUACACCAUGAACCCCAACAAAUUCCGAGCUUGCCAGUUCCUCAUCCGCUUCCACGAGCGGCGCAACGACAAAAUCAUCGUGUUUGCCGACAACGUGUUUGCCCUGAAGGAAUACGCCGUACGGCUCAACAAGCCCUACAUCUAUGGUCCGACCUCUCAGGGGGAGCGAAUGCAGAUUUUACAAAACUUCAAGCACAACCCCAAGAUCAACACCAUUUUCAUCUCCAAGGUCGGCGACACUUCCUUCGACUUGCCAGAAGCCAACGUUCUGAUCCAGAUCUCAUCUCACGGUGGAUCCAGAAGACAAGAGGCUCAGAGGCUUGGCAGAGUUUUAAGAGCCAAGAAAGGAAUGGUUGCAGAGGAGUACAACGCAUACUUCUAUUCACUGGUAUCACAGGACACUCAGGAGAUGGCCUAUUCCACCAAGAGACAGAGGUUUCUUGUUGAUCAGGGAUACAGCUUUAAGGUGAUAACAAAGUUGGCAGGAAUGGACGAAGAGGACUUGAUGUUCUCCACCCGAGAGGAGCAGCAGCAGCUGCUUCAGAAGGUCCUAGCUGCUUCAGACCUGGACGCAGAGGAAGAAGUGGUGGCUACCGAAGUGGGCGUUCGACCACAGGUUUCAAGGCGAGCGGGCACCAUGAGCUCCAUGUCGGGUGCCGACGACACCGUCUACAUGGAGUAUCAAAGCAGAAGCAGCAAAGCCUCUUCUAAUAUUAAGAGUGUUCACCCUCUGUUCAAGCGCUUUAGAAAGUAGUCCCGCUGCUGUACUGUUAGGACAAGUUUAGCGUUAAUGUUUAAUCCUCUUCUUACUAUUAUUAUUGUUAAUAUCAUUUAUCGUACUGGUUUUUCAAAAUAAAAAGAUGAAAAAAAAACCACUUGACUGGAAAAUAUGUUCUAAAUAUUUUUUAUGCUAGAAAUAAUUUACAAUGAUAUUUCCUUUACUACUUGUUUUGUCCAUUACAUGUGCAUUAAACUGCUUUAAAUAGGGGAACCUGUGAAGCUGAAAUAAUUGAA